GCGUGUGUCGCUUGUGCCGCAGAGUCGAGCCGCGAUGUGUCUCCCUGGAAUUGUCUAAUUUCGCUCGCUGUCGGCGGGAAAAGCUCAGACGGUUUGUUAGCCCGGGGCUGCUCUGGGGGCGCAGUGAAGGUGGUGCAAGUGGUCUCGGAAGUGGAGCGUGGCAGAGAAAAGGAAGACGGAGAGGGGGGGUUUCUCAGAGAGCUCACUCGCGUUGCUUCGUUGCCACUACGGGAUUGACGUAUAAGAACAUGGCGGAGCAUCACCCGGCUUCCGACAACAAACACAAGUCCUCGCUGAACUCCACGGCCUCGUACUCGGGGAACGGGCGGAGCAGCACGGCGGCAGCGGAGAGAGGCAGCGGCGCUGCCGGGGCAGGGGGUCUGUCUGUGGGCCUGUCGCAGCCGGCCGGCUGGCAGUCCCUGCUGUCCUUCACCAUCCUGUUCCUGGCCUGGCUGGCCGGCUUCAGCUCCAGACUCUUCGCUGUCAUCCGCUUCGAGAGCAUCAUCCACGAGUUCGACCCCUGGUUCAACUACAGGUCAACUCACCAUCUCACCACCAAUGGCUUCUAUGAGUUUCUCAACUGGUUUGAUGAACGAGCUUGGUACCCUCUGGGAAGGAUAGUUGGAGGCACAGUGUACCCAGGCCUCAUGGUGACCGCCGGCCUCAUCCACUAUGUGCUGAACCUGCUGCACAUCACCGUCCACAUUCGGGAUGUAUGUGUUUUCCUGGCCCCGGUGUUCAGCGGCCUGACAUCCAUCUCCACCUUCUUGCUGACGAGAGAGCUGUGGAACCAGGGGGCGGGGCUGCUGGCAGCCUGCUUCAUCGCCAUUGUUCCAGGCUACAUUUCCCGCUCUGUGGCUGGCUCUUUUGACAACGAAGGGAUUGCGAUCUUCGCCCUGCAGUUCACCUAUUACCUCUGGGUCAAAUCAGUGAAGACUGGAUCUGUGUUCUGGACCAUCGGAUGCUGCCUGUCCUACUUCUACAUGGUGUCGGCUUGGGGAGGUUACGUCUUCAUCAUCAACCUCAUUCCUCUUCAUGUCUUCGUCCUGCUGCUAAUGCAGCGCUUCAGUAAGAGAGUCUACAUCGCGUACAGCACCUUCUACAUCGUGGGCCUGAUCCUGUCCAUGCAGAUCCCCUUUGUGGGCUUUCAGCCAAUCAGGACCAGCGAACACAUGGCGGCAGCAGGUGUGUUCGUUCUGCUUCAGGUGUACGCCUUCCUGCAGUACCUGAAGGACAGGCUGACCCGGCAGGAGUUCCAGACUCUGUUCUUCCUGGGAGUGUCUCUGGCUGCCGGGGUGGUUUUCCUCUCAGUCAUUUACCUGACGUACACAGGGUACAUUGCUCCGUGGAGUGGGCGCUUCUACUCUCUUUGGGACACUGGCUACGCUAAGAUCCACAUACCCAUCAUAGCAUCAGUGUCUGAGCACCAGCCCACCACCUGGGUCUCCUUCUUCUUUGACCUGCACAUCCUGGUGUGUACGUUCCCUGCAGGCCUCUGGUUCUGCAUCAAGAACAUCAACGACGAGCGUGUUUUUGGCUGGGAAGGUGAGGAAACACGUGUCGGAGCAGGAGAAGCCCGAGGAAGGCCUGGGCCCCAACAUCAAGUCCAUAGUCACCAUGCUGAUGCUGAUGCUGCUCAUGAUGUUUGCCGUCCACUGCACCUGGGUCACCAGCAACGCCUACUCCAGCCCCAGUGUGGUGCUGGCGUCCUACAACCAUGACGGCUCCCGUAACAUCCUGGAUGACUUCAGAGAAGCAUACUACUGGCUGAGGCAGAACACCGAUGAACAUGCCCGAGUGAUGUCAUGGUGGGAUUAUGGCUACCAGAUAGCAGGCAUGGCCAACAGGACCACCCUGGUGGACAACAACACGUGGAACAACAGUCAUAUAGCCCUGGUGGGUAAAGCCAUGUCCUCCAACGAGACCGCAGCCUAUGAAAUCAUGAGGUCUCUGGAUGUUGACUACGUCCUGAUCAUCUUUGGAGGGGUCAUCGGCUACUCCGGCGACGACAUCAACAAGUUCCUUUGGAUGGUGCGCAUCGCAGAGGGGGAGCACCCCAAAGACAUCAGGGAAAGUGACUACUUCACCCCCCAGGGAGAGUUCAGAGUGGACAAAGCUGGCUCCCCCACCCUGCUCAACUGCCUCAUGUACAAAAUGUCCUACUAUCGCUUCGGAGAGAUGCAGUUGGACUUCCGGACGCCUCCGGGCUUCGACAGGACGCGAAACGCCGAGAUCGGCAACAAGGACAUCAAGCUACGGCACCUGGAGGAGGCCUUCACCUCAGAGCACUGGCUGGUCAGGAUUUAUAAGGUCAAAAAGCUGGAGAACAGGGACCGCGUGGAGCACAGGCUGCGGAGCACCGAGACCGCCAGGCAGAAGUACACAUCCAAAAAGACGGCCAAGAGGAAGCGGGGUUACAUCAAGAACAAGCUGACCACCAAGAAGGGCAAGAAGGUGACCAAGAAAUCCUUAUAGGUACCCCCCCCCACCACCACCCCCCCACCACCACAGAGGCAGACUGUGGACAGGAGGCAGAAACAACAUCC